AUGUUCACCAAAGUAUUGAUUGUCUGCCUUUUGGGCGCAACUUUGGUUGCAGCCAGCGAGCAAGAAGUCCCGGAAGCAGGUCUGAGGGAGAAAUUCGGCAAUCUGAUCCAUCAAGCUCACGAAAAACUGCACGGACGUCUGAGCGCAAACCAGGGAGCCCUUUCGGGAAUUGCCGGCAAAAUCCGCGAGCAGAGAAUCAAACUGGUGGAAUUCGCCAAGGAAAAAUUGGUCGUUCUGAAGCAGCGCUACGAAGUUCUCAAGGAGAAGCUCCAGAGCAAUGUCAACCAGGAAGCGAUCCGCGCCCGCAUCCAGGAAGUCCAGGCCAAAGGCAGAGACAUCCUCUCCCUCAUCCGUGCCCGUGCCGCUGAACUCAAGCUGAAGAUCAAGGAAGCCAUCAAGAACAGGAGCCAACCCCAACAUGUUGAGGCCCUCCAAGAGGAGCUCGUCAAAGUCGAAGAAGUCGAAUCGAUCGCCGUUCAGUACAGCAACGAAGUAGUCCACUACUCGGCCGUUGGUGACAAAAUCAGUCAGAUCCUGAGCAGCAUCCACGAGAAAUUCCACGAAGUUGUGGCCAACAACAAGGACAAAAUCGCACCGAUCGUCGAGAAGGUCCGCGAGGAGGCCAAGAAGAUCUUCGAAGCCGCCAAAGUCAAGGCCGCCGAACUCAGAGAGAAAUUGGCUGCCCUCAAGGAGAAGCUUUUGAGCGAAGAGAACAAAGCCGCCGUCAAAGCCAAAAUUGAGGAACUCAAGGUCAAAGGACAAGAAUUGGUCGAGAAAGUGAAGGCUCAGCUCGAAGAGCUCAGGCAGAAGGUCAAGGAGCACAUCGCUAAAUACGAUAAACAACAAUAA